CCAGACAACAUUCAAGCAGCAGCCGUCAAUCUGUUUUAUCUUGCCAACCUGAUGCACGAUAUCACAUAUCAGUAUGGCUUCACCGAGUCUGCUGGCAAUUUCCAAAAUGAUAACUUUGGAAAAGGCGGUCAGGGUAACGAUGCGGUUAGCAUUAGUGUUUUGGACACUUCAAGUAACAACAAUGCCGGAUUUCACACUCCUGCUGAUGGACAACCGGGUCAAAUGAAAAUGUACCGAUAUACUACAUCCAGACCCAACCACAAUCCCGGUUUGGACAAUCAAGUCGUUGUACACGAAUAUGGUCACGGUGUUUCAAGUCGUUUAACUGGUGGAUCUGCAACAGCUGCAUGCUUGACUAACAGUGAGGCUCUGGGUAUGAGCGAAGGCUGGUCUGACAUGUUUGCUAUGAUCACAACUGCCAGAAAAACCCACAAAGCCGAUACUUCGAUUCCCUUUGCUAGAUACGCUUCAAAUCAGUUUGAUGGCAUGCGCACCCAUCCUUAUACGACUGACAUGAAAAUCAAUCCUUUGACUUAUGCCGAUCUCAAGAAUCGUAAAGAAGUUCAUGCUGCUGGUGAAGUGUGGGCAGCCAUGCUUUGGGAAGUCUACUGGAAUUUGGUCACCAAGAGUGGAUUCUCUACCAAUCUCCACGAUGCCCGAGGCACAUCUGGCAACAUUGUUACUAUGCAGAAUAUGAUUGGUGGAUUUAUGCACCAGCCAUGCAAUCCCAGCUUGGUCGAUGCUCGUGAUGCCUUUAUUGCAUCGGAUGUUUCCCACUACAAAGGUGCCAACAAGUGUGAGAUCUGGAAAGGAUUCGCCAAACGCGGCUUAGGAGUCAAGGCU